CCACUGGGUCCUCAAAAGCAGGCAAUGAGCAUCCAUAGACACUAAGAUCCGAGUCCCUCUUUCAUCUGAGCUUCGCUGUGAUCGUCUACAAGCUAGUGCAGAUCAGUAAGGACAUCACUGCGGACCUUUGAAACCAGCGCCUGGUUAUUUGGCCCCAGGUGAUUCUAAGUACAGUACUACAGUAAGGUCCUACCACUGUUGGAUAUGGUGGUCUUAAAGCUUUCCAUGGGCUUCGCCGCCUGUGUAGCCGUCUUAUUCGCCGGCACGGCUGUCGCCCAAACGGACAACGACAUCCUGAAUUUCGCACUGAACUUGGAGUGCCUGGAGGCUGAGUAUUACUCUAACGCCGUCUAUGGAUAUGGGCUGAAUAGUAGUACCUUGGGCAGCGGUCCGGGAUCAGUCGGAGGGCUUAAGGCCAACCUUAGCCCAGACUUGCUCAAAAUAGCAACUGAGCUUGCCAACGACGAAAUCAACCAUGUUACUGACCUUCGGGAGUUGCUGGGCAAUGACGCGGUGCCCUGCCCAAAGAUGGACAUUGGCGGUUCCUUCACCAGCCUAGGCAAAGCUGCAAACAACGUUGACGGCUUCUUCCCCUACAACAGUGACAUCAAUUUCCUCCUAGGUGCUUUCCUGUUUGAGGACGUUGGAGUCACUGCGUUCCACGGCGCAACUCCUCUGCUGGUUUCAAAGUCAGUGCUCAACACGAUUGCUGGCAUAUCCCCUGUGGAGGCGUACCAUGCAGCCAUCCUGCGGACCCUGCUGUACCAGAAGGGCUCCGACAUGGUCACCCCCUACAACAUCCGCGUGUGGGACUUUGUCCAGGGGUUCUCCAACCUGCGCGGCAAGGCCGGUAACGGCAAGGACCAGGGGAUUGUGGUUCCUCCGGCCGACGGCCGUGACACAGCAUACCCCUUUGCAAACCUGGUGCCCCAAGAUGGCCAGGGACUGGCAUUCUCUCGCACUCCAUAUGAGGUGCUGGCGAUUGUGUAUGGAGGGAAUGCCACGCAGCCCGGCACAUUCUACCCCCAAGGCAUGAACGGGUACUUUAGGUAGAAGUGGAAGGGACAAGCGCAGCAACGGAGGCAAGAGGCAUGAUUGGGCACUUCAACUUGAGGGGACAAAUGCAGCAAUCGAGGCAUAAAAAGUGAACCCAUGAGGUACUGAUAGAUGACACUGUUCUGAUUUUGAUUUUGAGUUGAACGAUGAUCAGCAGGUACCGGGCAGUGGGAUUUUCUUCUGCGGCUUGAUCACGCACAAGGCUGUGUGAGUGCUGCAAGCAGGAUACCUUAAUUAUGCAUUGGUGUACUGAACGAGUAGCAGUCCUCUUUAUGUUUGUAAACUGACGCUUGCUGCUCAUUAUUGCUGAAUGGAAUCCUGCAGGCAAGCAGGCAGUUGUGCAGUCCUGGCGACAUGGCUAUGUUGCAGCCUUGUCUGAAUGUUACAUUACAAGCCUGGCCCGUGUUGGUUGUGCCAACUUGGCACUACCAACCUGAGUCAGAGGCAACUGUUUAUAUCUCGACUCACUGAGAACAGGACAACUUCUGUUGCAGCCCUGGAUCAGUUUCUUCUUCAAGUAAAGUUUACAGAGCAAUGGAGACAUGGCCUUUCAGACCAACAAUACCAGGAGGCAUUCAGAUUGAUCAGAUGAUGUUUUCAGCUAGAUCUUGGCCAUUGAUGGGAGUACGCAAUUUUGGGACACAUAUGUACGUUGAGGACUUGAAAUUGAAAUGAAUGGAGUCCAGCAAUGCAACAGUGCGCUUGAUGUCAAUGGUGCUCCGAGCCUUACAGGUACCCGUAUAUACCGGUAUAUAUAUAAGGUUUGGCUGGCAUGAUAUAUCUAUAUAGCGACGUAAUCACAGAGGUACUUCGUGACAUGAUGCAAAGUUUGUACCCUUGCAGUAAGAAGUCUUCAAGCCUGAUGCAAAGAAGUUCUUUGCAUCAGGCCAGCAUUGCAUGAUCAUGCCAUGAUGGUCAUGAAGCUAUUGUCAUGCCUGUUUAGACCUGUUGCCCAUGAGGUUGUAGAGUGAGGCGUCUCCUAUAUCAGGCAGUUCCUUACUUGAACACAGCUGAUCAAAACUCAGUUUGAACCAGUGUGAUUACUUCACGUACGUAUACGGUAGCUACUUUCUGGUGGAAGAUCAGACUGCGCUAUGCCUUUUGAUGCAUACAUGAUAUUAACACCGUGC